GCAAGAAAUCCUUCGACGGUUGGAAUGUUUUUCCAAGAAAACGAACAUGAUAGCAGCAAGCACCUCAAUUGUUUCCUGCAACUCAUAUCUCCCGCCACUCAAACCCAAUUCCCAUCUUCCAAAAUCAUCUCUCUCUCCUCCCAAAUCUUCAAUUUCAAUCCCCCUCAGCUCAGACCACAGCUGGGAGCUCGUAAAAAUCGCGCCUUUAAUCCUCAAGCCGGCGAAUUUGCGCCGCCGGAGCUCGUUGAAUGCUCAAUCUCAGCAAGACCCAUCACUUGUUUCCGAUGAAAAUGAGCUCCUCGAAGACGGACGGCGGCGGCGGCGGUGGAGAGGAGGAGAGGGACUGGACUACGUCGUUUCUGCUGUUUGCUUUCUGGGCUGGUCUCAUGUACUAUAUUUCCUUCCUCGCUCCUAAUCAGACACCGGUCACAGAUGAGUAUUUUGUGAAGAAGCUGCUGAAUUUGAAAGGUGAUGAUGGUUAUGAGAUGAAUCAAGUGUUGGUAGCUUUGUGGUAUAUCAUGGGUUUAUGGCCCUUGGUUUACAGUAUGCUGCUCCUCCCAACUGCCAGAAGCUCGAAAAGCAAGAUUCCAGUUUGGCCAUUCGUUGCCCUAUCAUUCUUCGGAGGUGCAUAUUUUCUCAUUCCCUACUUUGUUCUGUGGAGGCCACCGGCUCCGCCCGUUGCAGAGCCGGAGCUGAGGAGAUGGCCUUUGAAUUUCCUCGAAUCAAAAUUAACUGCUGGGGUCACGUUGGCCGCAGGGGUGGCGAUAACGGCCUAUGCAUUCUCAUCCGGUGGCGAUGUGUGGAGGGAAUUUUAUCAGUAUUUUCAAGGAAGCAAAUUUAUCCAUGUCAUGAGUAUUGAUUUCGCUCUCCUCUCAACGUUCGCGCCUUUCUGGGUCUACAACGACGUGACUGCACGAAAACGGGAUGGGAGAGGCUCUUGGCUUCUUCCUCUUUCACUAGUCCCAUUCUUAGGUCCUUCCCUCUAUCUUCUCCUCCGGCCACCGUUGGAGGCAACUUCGGACGAGGCGUGAUGAACGAGGCCUUCUCGUUGCACGUGCACGUCGUGCUCUCGAUGAAAGAAGAACUAAACUUGGUGCCAUUUAGAUGAAAGGUAACAUGCUCUACAAUAGACUUCAAGUAGUGAAGAAGAAGAUGCAUGUAGUAGUUUGUUCAUCACAUAUUUUGAUGAUUGAUUGUUGGGAUUGAAAAUUGAAAUUUGAUGAUAUUAUAUGAUAUGAUAUGAUAUAAUAAAAAAUAUGAGUUUGUUUCAAA